CAUUUCUCAGUUAUAUCUACUUUAUUCGCUUUCUUCUUCAAUUAAUAUAAGAUCUCUCAUCUCCGACGACUACAACUACUACAUCAAUCACAAAACUCUAUCUUCUCUUCAGUUAUAGUCACUGUCUCUCUGAAUCAUAAUUGUCUCCACAAGAACUAGCCCCAACCAAAGCUCACGGUCCAUCAUAUGCAUCAUCAUUGACCAAGAUUCGAAGAAAAGGUUUUGCACACCGAGUGUAUUUUAUUCCUGUGUGAAAGCUCUUUGGUUUGACCAAAGGUGCUGGUACAGCAUUUACAUCAGGGAUCUGGUUUUGGUACAUAAGGAGGAGUCUUUUCGUCUUUUCUUUUACAACCUCUCUGCGAUCAGAUUCACAUCGUGUGCUGCCAUUGACCAAUGGGAGGUUGUGUGUCUAAGAGCAAUGAAGAGCCUGUCUAUCGUCCGCGUCUCGGGAUGGGAUGCUGUGGGAGCAAAAUGGGGAGGAGAACGCUCUCCGGCCGCAUCGUUUCACUUCAUGACUUGGUCUCUAUUCCCAAUCGGAUCACCAGCAGCGGAAAGAGCAAGAGUUCUUGCGUUUUCACUCAACAGGGACGCAAGGGAGUUAAUCAGGACUCCAUGAUCGUCUGGGAAGAUUUUAUGUCGAAAGAUAUGACAUUCUGCGGUGUUUUUGAUGGGCACGGUCCUAAUGGUCACCUUGUUUCUCGUAAAGUGAGAGAAUCAUUGCCUGUAAGGCUACUGUCUUUCAUGCACUCGAUUCAGUCGAAGCAAAACGGAUCUGCAAGCAAAUCAGAUAGCCAAGAAGCUGAUGAGAAGAAAGAAGCUAGUGAGGAGGAUAAACUGAAGCUACUGUGGGAAGAAGCUUUCUUGAAAUCAUUCAGUGCUAUGGAUAAGGAACUGCGAUCUCAUCCUAAUGUGGAGUGCUUCUGCAGCGGCAGCACUGCUGUUACAAUCAUUAAGCAGGGGUCACAUCUGUUCUUGGGAAACAUAGGGGACUCUCGGGCGAUACUUGGAUCCAAAGACAGCAAUGAUUCUAUGGUUGCAGUUCAGCUAACAGUUGAUUUGAAGCCUGACUUACCAAGGGAAGCAGAGAGGAUCAAGCAGUGUAAAGGUCGUGUGUUUGCGCUUGAAGACGAGCCAGAAGUGCCACGAGUGUGGCUACCAUUUGAUAAUGCUCCUGGACUAGCCAUGGCUAGGGCGUUUGGGGAUUUCUGUGUGAAGGACUACGGUGUGAUAUCAAUACCCGACUUCUCUCACCGUCUUCUUACUGAUAGAGAUCAGUUCAUUGUCUUGGCAUCAGAUGGAGUAUGGGAUGUGCUAAGCAACGAAGAAGUGGUUGAAGUCGUGGUGUCAGCUUCAAGCAGAGCAUCAGCAGCUAGGCUAGUGGUGGAUUCGGCUUCACGCGAAUGGAAACUAAAGUACCCGACUUCGAAAAUGGAUGAUUGUGCAGUUGUGUGUUUGUUUCUUGACGGGAAGAUGGACUCAGAGUCGUCAUAUUACGAAGAACAAAGAUCCUCUUCAGUAGAAUCCGAUGAAAGCCAGAGAACAGAACCGUGUCUUCAGAGAAACGCCACGGUCAGGUCAUCAUCAGUAGAGAGCAACAGUUGCGGUAAUGAGAAUGCAGAGACUGAUGAUGCAGAGAAGGAGAAAGCGACAGAAGGAGAACAACACUGGUCGGGACUAGAAGGCGUUACUAGAGUGAACUCACUUGUUCAGCUUCCGAGAUUCUCUGGAGACUAAACCAAAGACUUGAAACAUUACCUUUUUUUAUUGUUUUCAAGAAUUGAUUUUGGUCCUUAAUGGUUGCAUCUAUUCUCGAGCAUUGGGAGAUUCAAUGGGCUCAUCAUUUCAUAAACUGUAAAUGUCUUACUUAGGUCUUUGUCUCUUGCCUCGAAACUGUGAAAAAUCACAACUGGGAAAAAAUGUUGUUGCGAUGAGAAUAAAAAAGGUCCCACCGAGACUUGAACUCGGGUUACUGGAUUCA